CUAACAACCGUCACUGGUAUUUGCCUAGUAAUCUCAGAUUUACCCCAAGUCUCAGAAUGCCCCCCAAGGUUAGCGGAAAAGCUGCGAAGAAGGCCGGCAAGGCCCAGAAGAACAUCGCCAAAGGAGACAAGAAGAAGAAGCGCAAGAGGAAGGAGAGCUACGCCAUUUACAUCUACAAAGUCUUGAAGCAGGUCCAUCCCGACACUGGCAUCUCCUCCAAAGCCAUGACCAUCAUGAACAGCUUCGUCAACGACAUUUUCGAGCGCAUCGCUGGAGAGUCGUCCCGUCUUGCCCACUACAACAAGCGGUCGACCAUCACUAGCCGGGAAAUCCAGACGGCCGUCCGUCUGCUCUUGCCCGGUGAGUUGGCCAAGCACGCCGUGUCUGAAGGCACCAAGGCAGUCACCAAGUACACCAGCACCAAGUAGAUUGAUCCUCUUGGUCUCUCUACUGUAAUGACUUGUGUGAAGACCUGGCCUACUGCUUGUAGUAUAGAGCAAUCUACUACGCAGUAUCCCAAGGUCAAUCUACUACGCCGUACCUCAAGGUCGCUGUACUACGCAGUACCUUGAUGGCUUUCUCUAUUGCACCAUCUCACCUGUUGCCUAUGCAACUACAUCCGGGAUUGCGCCACACUCUGCAGUGAUGGUGCAAUCCCAACAACCUUGACAACCGCUUAUAAAAGCCCGACGCUCUGUUCAUCCAGCAGAGUCGUACCCGGCAUUGUAUUCCAACACAUCUGUUAAUAAACUGCAUUGCAAGAAUCUCCUCGUUGUUUUGUUACUUAGACUAUUGUGAAUCAUCACAAAUUGGUGAACGUGCCAGGGAUCAUCAUCGUUCAAGACGGUGACUUCCAUGAUUGAAAUGCGACCGAGCAUGACAUCCUUUUGCUUGAUCGCUUUGGUCCCUGUUAAGCU